GAGAAGGUGCAAAGCAGUAGUUACCCCUGCGUGUGCUUAGAGGCUGCUCUAUGUUUCGGUAUCUUUGUAAAGUAGUUUGCUUAACUUUCUGACGUUAUCUCUAAUAUAACAUACUCUUUUGAGACACAUUCCAGUUUGUAGUGUAAAAAUAUGUUGCCAGAACAUUAGCUAUUCUACACUGAAAUAACUUGGGACCUAGUUACAUAUUUUGUCUUGGUUGUGCGAUAGGCUCCGCAAAGCUGGCUGUUUGUCACUGAAGUCAGUGUGUGUUUGGACCCAAAGGCUCACCUUCUUUGGUUAGUUCAUAGAACAGAGUGAUUGUCUGCUGUUUUGAGCGUAUAUUAUAUUGAUCGAGCAUGUGUCAAAAGUAGACAGAAAUUCACAAACUAUAACUCUUUAAAUUAGAGCAUUGUCUCCUACAUAAUACUCAAUUAAAAUAAUCUUAUUUGGUUAUUCAUACUGUAUGGUUAUGUUUUGUGUGCAAGUCUUUAGCCUUUCUUUCUAGCUCUGUUUUAGUUCUGCACAUGCACAUUAGAAAGGCAAUUUUCACCACUGACUUAGAGAAGUAUUGUGUAAAAUUUCAUGUUAGCUUCCCUUUUUAGAAAAGAAGAGUCUUAAACAUUUUGGAGACAGAAUUGAUAAACUUGUUUAGUGAGAAAUUCCUUUGUUGAGCAAGAGGAACUCUUUUGACAUUUUAACACAAUAGAUUUUUCAGUAAGAAAGUAAUUGUUUUCAGUCACUUAUUGCUUGAACCGUUUGGGUAGCAAUUGACUUUGAAGUGCUACUGUACUAGAUUCCGUACAACUAGUUCUGUUUCUGCCCUGUAGACAGGAGGGGUCUGGCCUUGCCUUUCCAGAGUUGGCUUCUCGCUACAAAUUCCUCUCUCCUCCCUGUUCCCAAGCCUUCAAAGUUCAGUGCUGCAUGGCUUCUAGGACCUUAAAUUAGGAGGCUGCGAUGCUAAAUUCAUAAAAGCUCAUGAGGAUAUAAAUGUAACUUACACAGAAGACAAUCACAGGCUGACAGUUAAAUCAUCAGAAUUCCUGCAUAUGGCAAACUACAGAUGUAGUGGUGACUCUGCGGUGAAAAAAACAGAACAGUGGAGCGGAAAGCAUUUGGCUGGCUGCUCCUCACUAUAGAAGCUGGGUUCCUAAACGUGCUUCACGGACCGUACUGAUAUGUUCACCACAGAAAAGGUAAAGACACGCUGAGGUGACAAGUUCUGGUAACGGUGCAUCCAGUGCAGUUCAGCCUGAUCAGCUGGAGCAGGAGUUGGAAGGCGCAGAGCCGAGGCGGGUCCUCCCGCGACAGCCCCCCCGGGGCGCGGGGCGGAUGACGUGUGCUGCUCCUGGGCGGGGCGGCGGAGUUCCGGCAGCUCGGGCUCGGGCUCGGCCCGCCCCUUCCGGCAGCUCGGCCUCAGCUGGUGGGGCGUUGCUGGGCGCGCGCUCGGGCCUGUCUCGAGCCCGGGCUGGCAGCGUCUCCCAUCGAAGCUGAGAGUGGUGUUCCGCUUGCAUGCGUCAUCAUCCGCGCGCCUCUCCUCGGCCUAUCGGAAGCCUCUGUUAGUGGGUCACCCAAUCAGAGUGCUCGCUGCCAACUCCCGCCCCCAGAGGGCUGGGGAAGUUUUUCCGCGCUGCCAGGGCGCGCGCGCGCUGUGGGGUUGGGCUUGCAGCGGCCGGGGCGCGGGUGCGGGCUUUGGUUGCCGCCGCUCCCGUUUCGCCCGCAGCAGCCGCCGCCGCCGCUUCCGCCAUGAUCCACAGCCUGUUCCUGAUCAACGCCUCGGGGGACAUCUUCCUGGAGAAGCACUGGAAGAGCGUCGUCAGCCGCUCAGUCUGCGACUAUUUCUUCGAGGCGCAGGAGAGGGCCUCGGAGGCGGAGAACGUGCCGCCGGUGAUCCCCACGCCGCACCACUACCUCCUCAGCGUCUACCGCCACAAGAUCUUCUUCGUGGCCGUCAUCCAGAGCGAGGUGCCGCCACUCUUCGUCAUCGAGUUCUUGCACCGCGUCGUCGACACCUUCCAGGAUUAUUUCGGUGUCUGUUCAGAGGUGAUGAUCAAGGACAAUGUUGUGGUGGUUUAUGAGGUGCUGGAGGAAAUGCUGGACAAUGGCUUUCCAUUGGCAACGGAAUCUAAUAUUCUCAAGGAGCUGAUAAAACCUCCUACUAUCCUGCGAACAGUUGUCAACACCAUUACAGGAAGUACAAAUGUGGGUGACCAGCUCCCUACUGGACAGCUAUCAGUGGUGCCUUGGAGGCGUACUGGUGUGAAAUAUACCAACAAUGAAGCAUAUUUUGAUGUGAUUGAGGAGAUAGAUGCAAUCAUUGACAAAUCAGGUUCCACAAUUACUGCUGAAAUCCAAGGGGUUAUUGAUGCUUGCGUCAAGCUGACUGGGAUGCCAGACCUUACCCUUUCCUUUAUGAAUCCCCGACUGUUGGAUGAUGUCAGUUUUCAUCCAUGUGUACGUUUUAAGCGCUGGGAAUCAGAGCGAAUACUCUCCUUCAUUCCACCUGAUGGAAAUUUUCGCUUGCUUUCCUACCAUGUCAGUGCUCAGAAUCUUGUGGCAAUUCCUGUCUAUGUUAAACACAACAUCAGCUUCCGUGAUGGCAGCUCAUUGGGACGCUUUGAGAUCACUGUGGGGCCGAAGCAGACUAUGGGGAAGACGAUAGAGGGAGUGAUGGUCGCUAGCCAGAUGCCAAAAGGUGUCUUAAACAUGAGCCUCACACCAUCACAGGGAACACAUAUCUUUGAUCCAGUUACAAAGUUGCUCUCAUGGGAUGUUGGGAAAAUAAACCCCCAGAAGCUGCCAAGUUUGAAAGGGACCAUGAGCCUGCAAGCUGGGGCAUCCAAACCUGACGAGAACCCCACCAUUAACUUGCAGUUUAAAAUUCAGCAGCUGGCUAUAUCUGGACUGAAGGUGAAUCGCUUGGACAUGUAUGGGGAGAAGUACAAGCCCUUCAAGGGGAUAAAAUACAUGACUAAGGCUGGCAAGUUCCAAGUCCGAACCUAGAGGAGCCCGAUAGUGAGAGCGCUUUCCUGUUUCUCCUAUCCCUAGCUGUUGGAUGCAGCCUCUCCCCACCAUCACGCAUUUAGGAUUGCCCCCUUACCUGUACUAGCCUCUGCUGGAGAGCCAAUGCUUGGGGUGCUGGGGAGCAGCAAAAAGCAGGGGUUACCUGAAACCAUCUCAUCCCUAACUGCAUCUGAACUACUGAGAGCAAUGGCAGAUGGGAGAUGUAUUCAGGUCCCUUGGGAUUAGUGAGUCAGAUAUGUAAGCCCGUAUCACCUUCACCUUGCUGUCUUGCAGUAAAACCCUAGAAUUUCCUUUAUUUGUAUCUCCUGUUCCUCGUUUUGGUUGACUUUUAUCCUGUUGCAGAUGACAAAGUUGUAUUUCCAUAAAGCUCAACUCCAGUGUGAUGGUGUGGCAUCUGCUCUUCUCCCUCACUGGGUGUUUGGAGAGCUAUAGUUAUUGCAGGCAGAGAGGUCAGCUGGCCAUUCUGCCUCAAAGAGCCUGAAGAAGUGGAAAGGUAGAUUGUCCUACCCAGAAUGGGAAGUUAAGUCUGAGUUUGUGUGUGGUGCCAUGGAGGGGGGAGGGGAAGAAAUGAAUGUCUGGAGAUUUCAGAAACCCUCUUUGUCAUUAAAUAACUUGAAUUAAGUAUCUCUGGGGACAGACUGGAAACUCAUUAAAAUCUUAGUAUGGUGUCCUAUGAAGAGCUGGCGGAAGCACAGAUUAUCUUGUAACUGAUGGGCGAUGAUCUCUGAAUGCAACUCUCUCUCUCUUAUUUUUUGCUUGAUAUUUGGAAGUAGGGUUUCUCAUAGCUUCUUUGGGGGGUCAGGGAAGAGCCAGAGGCUGUGUGAGAACAUGUGUGGAAUCAUAGCACUCUGAAAACUGAAGCUGAGGCAGCUGAAUGAGGUGGAUGAUUGCAAUCCUAGUAACUUGUCAGAACCUCUUUUUGCCUCUGCCUGCCUAUUAGGAAUGAAGGUGAUGCUGCCGUUCUUCUGCUCACUGAUGUCUUUAUAUGAGAUAAUUGUGUCCUGGUACCUAUGUGGUGUGUUUGACUGUCCUACCUCAUUCCAGUUCCUAUCUCAAUCAGCUGCUGUGCAGAUGAAUUCUAGCCUACGCUGGGUUUUUCUCUGGGGCCAUCUCUUCUGUAGGAGAUGCUGCUGCAUCUGCCCAUCUCAGUCUAUGCUACAUCUCUCUAUACAGCAUAAAUAUGAAAUGAAAGGCAUGUGCGCUGUUCCAUAUUGUCUGUAAUGUGCUCUUUGGCCACUAGAUGCCAAUGUGUUUAUUUCUGCGGUAGCAGAACCUGUCCAUAAGCUGCUGUGCAUGGGACUACAGCAUCUGUGAGGUGGCUGUGGAGUCCAGCAUGUGUAGUUUGUGCUUGCGAACUGAACAACAUGAAGGAUAAUACAUAUUCUGUUUUGUGUGUGAUGGAUAUCUGCAGCGGGUGAGUGGCCUCUCAUCUCUGUAAUUGCAGGUUCCAGUGCAACUUACGAAUGCUACUGCAGGUGGCCUUAGUGCUGAGUGUGUUCAGUGCAAAUAUAACCUUUGACCAGGGCAUCAAUAAAAUUCAUUUUUACUUGU